AUGGAGGAUGACCGGAAAAAAACCCUAAACUCCGGUGAUACCAUGCCGGAGACGCCGUCAUCAAUUAUCUCAGACUUCGAAUUUGGAUCAUUGACUCCUUUUUCCCCAACACACUCGGAAAAUUCUCCCGCCGAUCACCUUUUCCUCAACGGCCGUCUAUUACCACACACAUUUCCGACCACACGUUCGGUAUCUCGUACGACCAGCGAAAACACUUUCCGGAGCAACAGUACGAGCAGCCGGAGUAGUGAUAGCAGCAGCCCGACAUCUUACACUCCAAGAACAAGCACUUGUAGUGUCCUCAAGAUCAAGAAACCGAGUACCGAUCAGGAGAAGACUAAUUUAACUUGUUUUGGUCCUCGGUCCAAAGAGAUUAUGGGUCUUAGGUCAGGAAUAUGCCGUAGUAGCAAAGCAUAUCAUCACAAGCCAUCGUCAAUAUUGGAUUUAAAGAAGAAACCACUGACUAACAAUGGUAAAACGGUAAACACUACAAGGGCGGCGAAUAAGAUUUUGUAUUUUCCGACGCAAUGCAAAAGGAAGAAAGCCACGGAGAUCGUGACGGCGCAGCUUUACGGGUCGUAUUCUAGGCGGUGGCAGCAUAUAACUCCGGUGUUUAAAAGAGAAUGGUCGGUGAAAAGUAACGGAGCAGCUGGGAUUAAGGUCAGUGGACGGAAGAAGAAGACGGCGAGGAGGAGGAAGAAGAAGAAGGCAGAGGAGAGUAAGGGAAGUAAGUUAAUGAAGUGGUGGAAGAUGAUUUUAAAAGCGGUGGUGUUGGCUUGCAGAGAGUGUCAUGCAAUGGAGCCUCAGAGAGUUGUGAAUGAUGAUGCUGCUGAUGUGAAAAAGAAGAUAAUUAAAUGUCGAUAA